CACCGUGUUUUGUUUGUCUGUCUGCGCAGCAGUAGUGAUGAAAUCUCGGGGUCUGCUGCUGCUGGCUUGCUACAAACGAAGGAAAUCUCUCAUGACUUCCCGCUCAUGAGGACUCCGGUAACCGCAGAGGACGCACGGAGCAGGACCGAACGGGAGCACCGCCGGGGCUCUGGACGCUGCUGGAUGAGAGUCUGACUAGGCAUUUUCUCCCCGGUGACAGAGACAAUCUCGGCGGCGCAUCUUCCCACAUCCUCUUCCCCUCCCGUCUCCUCUCCUCUCCUCCGCUGCCCUCCAAGGCAGCAGCCCACCCACCAUGGCCCUGGUGACUCUGCAGCGCUCUCCCACCCCCAGUGCAGCAUCCUCGGCCAGCACGACCAACAGCAGUGCGGGGGAGGAUUUUGGAAGUGAUGAUGAGCGGAAAAACAAUCAGAGCCUCAGUGAGAGCUUCUUCAUGGUCAAAGGAGCCGCCCUCUUCCUCCAGCAGGGUGGCAGCGCACAAGGACCAGAGACCCCGACCCACCACACACAUGCAGGUGAUUUACCUCAACACCUGCAGGUCAUGUUUAAGAUCCUCCGGUCUGAGGAUCGCAUUAAGCUGGCUGUACGGUUGGAGAGCGGAUGGUCAGAACGGGUGCGCUACAUGGUCGUCAUCUACACCAACGGCCAUCAAGACACAGAGGAAAAUAUUCUCCUGGGGAUGGACUUCACGGACAAGGACAGUAAAAACUGCUCUAUUGGGAUGGUGCUGCCCCUGUGGAGUGAUACCAACAUACAUUUAGAUGGAGAUGGAGGCUUCAGUGUGAACACGGCAGGGCGGUCACAUGUCUUCAAGCCUGUAUCUGUUCAGGCCAUGUGGUCGGCCCUGCAGAUCCUCCACAAGGCCUGUGAGGUGUCCCGCCGGUUCAACUACUUCCAGGGGGGCAUUGCUCUCACGUGGAUGGCCUUCUAUGAGAGCUGCAUCACCUCGGAGCAGAGCUGCAUCAACGAGUGGAACGCUAUGACCGACCUGGAGACCACCCGGCCGGACUCGCCCACCAUGUUCGUCGACCGGCCGACUGAGCGCGAGAGAACAGAGUGUCUCAUCAGAGCCAAGUUACGCAACAUCAUGACGUAUCAAGACCUGGAGAACAUCACCUCCAAGGAAAUCCGUAACGAGCUGGAGCAGCACAUGAGCUGCAACCUCAAAGAGUACAAAGAGUUCAUCGACAACGAGAUGCUUCUGAUCCUGGGUCAGAUGGACAAGCCCACGCUCAUCUUUGACCAUGUGUACUUGGGCUCUGAGUGGAAUGCUUCUAACCUGGAAGAACUCCAUGAAUGCGGUGUGGGUUACAUCCUGAAUGUGACCAGAGAGAUUGAUAACUUCUUCCCGGGGAUGUUUUCUUAUCACAACAUCCGCGUUUACGAUGAGGAUGCCACCGACCUGCUGGCACACUGGAACGACACGUACCACUUUAUGGUCAAAGCCAAGAAGAACAACUCAAAGUGCCUGGUGCACUGUAAGAUGGGGGUGAGCCGGUCUGCCUCUACGGUUAUUGCCUACGCAAUGAAGGAGUUUGGCUGGCCUCUGGAGAAAGCCUACAACUUUGUCAAGCAGAAACGGAGCAUAGCUCAGCCAAACGCUAGUUUCAUGAGGCAGCUGGCGGAGUACGAGGGAAUCCUGGAUGCAAGUAAACAGCGCCACAACAAGCUAUGGAGGCCUGAAUCCGAUGAGGGUUCGGAUGAUUUGCAAGCCUCCGGUGGGGGGGAGGGGACGCCAGUGCUCAGAGGGGAAGAAGCCUGGGGGGGCUGCGGGGCCUCUCCCUGCAGGGGGGGCACGGGUCUGGAAAUGGAGCCCCUCGACUCUCUGAACUAUAAUUAUUACUUCAGACGUUUGUCAGACUCUGCACUGGACAGCGAGCCCUCCACCCCGGUGCGGGGGCCCCCCCUGCUGGGCAUGGAAAGAGUUUUCAUUGAGAUUGAAGACGUGGAGAGGGAUGCUCUGUUGGAGGACGAGGGUUUCCCCAUGGCCCAUCUCGCGCUGCCUGGGGGGGGCACGGCGGCUCAGACGUGUGGCCGCCUCGACCCCCUGGAGGACAUGAGACACAGGCUCGAGAUCAGCACUUUGGAGGAAGAGGAUGAGGAAGAGGCCAAGAAAGAGGAAGCUGAGAUGGCGGCCUUGGCUCAAACACCUGGAGGUUCAGACGGGAAGAGGCCAGGGGACGAUGAUUCGACAGAGGAAGGACGGUUAGGACUCGCCAACCUGAACACCAACAACAGCAACCGCCUUGCCGCCAAGCGCAGCUGCCCUGCUGCUUUUGACGACAGUGCUAGUGCUGGAAACCCUUUAAAAGUGAAGCCCUCCUAUCAGUCCUGUAAAGACUGCCUGCGUCUACCACAAGGGCGGCGCUGCGACCGUCCAGCAGGGGGGCGCUCCCACCGCCUUAACCCCUCCCGCCACUGCACUGUCCCCACCAUAUGCAUAGAUCCGCCCGGGACCCAUUUUGGCUCUUCUUCAAUUCUGCACUCUCUGCAAGCCACUGCACCAAAAACAGUCCAGCCAUGUAGUCAUCUAUACCGCUGUGUCACCUGCACCCCCAGUAUGCCCCUCACCCACCGCCAGAAGCUGGUCUCACCCAUGAGUGUGGAGACAGAGGACAUGAACCAACCACAGGGGGGCGACCUGGGAGUGGAAAUGUCAAGGGUGGGUGCAGGGGCCAUCGGUGCUGCUGAAGGUUUGGAGUUACAGCCCGGCGGUGCAGUGGAGGUCCAGCAGCAAGCUCUGGCUCAGCUGCACAGGCCAGGACUGGGGAUUAAGUUUGGUCUGGAGCUGAUGCGACAGAGGGCCGAGCAGCUGGACCAGAUGCCCAGCCUGGCCAUGGAGGGCCAGCAUCCUGUUGGGCCCCUGCCUUAAUACAGUGGCCCCGGACAUGGAUGAGAUUGAAGGAGGAGGCUUACCACGGCCUCCAGCUGGUACACUAUGAUGGCCUUUAAGAUGACUGGCACUGUGGUGUUGUACUAGAAGUGAAGCUCUGCUGUCAUGUCCUGGCCUCAUAGCUGCACGGUCACAACGGCCCUCUCUGCAUCUCCAGAGAGCAUCCUGUCAUUGUCUCCUGGCACUAAGAUCCAGGUGAGGCUUGUUGUUUUAAAAAUACGCUAAAGGCUUGAAUGCUUCUAGCCAGGUAAGGACUGAAGACUCUCCCGUGUCCUUCCACUCGUCCAAUAGACCGGAUUAAGGCCCAUCUGCCGACCCCACACCACACACAGGAUCAUCACACUUCCCCACAGCCCUGUGGAGACGAGCGUUAUGCUGCCAUUUUCCUCCCAAACAGACAUUUCUGGCAUAUUUCUCAGUCAGGAGACAGUGGUGGUUGUUCCUUUCUAACUGCUGAGAAAGCUAAAGCUAGCACUUCUGAUUUUGACGGAAAGAAAAAAAGCUGAAGUAAGAGGCUUCUGUCAGUGUACUGUAUGUUUUUCAAUCUGAUUCAUCAACAGUGUUCAUGAAGGAGCUCAAUGAAUGUUUGCAGUUGAGGCAGUUUGAAUGCAUUCAGAAUUUCCUUACCACUGAUAGCUGAAUCCUCACUAACCUUCACUUAUAUUUUCCAUGCUGCAGCUGCUUUUGCAUCACGAUUCAAGAAAGGGCCUUUCACGUGGAAGCAUAAUCAUUUUUUAAAAGGAUGUGAGCCUUUUUAUGCCUCUUUGUAAAGCGUCGUACCUCGGACCACAAGCAUCUUGAACUGUUUUGGUCAAAGACUCUUUUGUUGUUUUCUGCUCAGCGGUUGGUUCACCCUGAGCUCCUCCAUUAAAGUUAACGUACUUAGCGUUCUUACUUUUGCCCCACGCAUGACUCUGCAGUAUUACAAAACAUAUCCUCGACAUGCUUAUACAGAAAGAAAAUGUAGGUUGAAUUUUUGGAAAACUAAAAAACAACUUUUGGCAGUACAUUUGUCAUUAAAGUGACAACAAUCAUAUCUAAUCACUAAUUGAAUCGAAUCUAACCCCUUGGAGAAUGACAGAACAUUUAAUUCAGCUAUCAGGAAACCUUAAGAAGCUUCAAAUGUGAUUUUAUUGUUCACUCUGAUUCUGUUUUUGAUUACUUCCCGAUAUAACAAAAGCCAUAUCAUAGUGCCAGGUCCACUUAAUCACCUUUUUUGAUUUGAAGUCUUUUCUUACUUUCUUUCCUAGUCUGCAUCUGGGUUAUUAAUCUGAGAGGCUCCCAAUUCAACUUUUAGUAACAUGUUGAAAAACCACAGGCUACCUUUCCUUAAACCCGAAAAACAUUUGCGAAGGCACGCAAAUCAUGUAAACAUUCAGCACUUGAGCACAAUUUUAGUAUCCAUUCACACAGUUCACAUUUCUGAUCUACAGCUAUCAAAUUCAUUUAAGAACAGUAAAGCAGAAACAACUAUCAAGGUGUCAUUAUUUGCUUGCAGUGUCCAUCCUUGCGAGUGUAGUUUAUUUGAUCUAAUAAUAAUAUUAUAAUUCUGACUUUCA